AAAUUGGUUUAACCUGAUAUUGUGCUCUUUUGCGACACUGUCGUUUGGAUGAACGAAUAAUGCUCGUCGAUAUCAACGACAUCGUUUUGAUGUGUUUUGUUGGGGCGUUUUGGGGGUUGGACUUGUCUGAAAAAACCAGAGUGAAGCCAUGAAAGGGCGAGAAGAUGAGGAGGAGAGAGCUCUUACGAAGGUUUUUCUAACAUCGCUGUCGGCAAUGGUGGCCGAGACAACGACGUUUCCUAUAGACAUAACAAAGACGAGGCUCCAGCUGCACGGCGAGUCUCUCUCCUCAUCUCGUUCCGCCUCCGCCUUGGGCGUCGCCGGCGAGAUUCUUCGGCGCGAAGGCCUUGUGGGGCUGUACAAGGGCUUGUCUCCGGCAAUCGUUCGACACAUGUUCUAUACCCCCAUUCGAAUCGUCUUUUACGAGCACUUGCGCAACACUUUCGUCGUCUCCACUGACCCUUCACUUUCUCUCUCUACCAAGGCUUUAAUCGGCGGCUUUUCCGGUGUCAUUGCUCAGGUAGUCGCAAGCCCUGCUGAUCUUGUUAAGGUGAGGAUGCAAGCAGAUGGUCGUAUGGUGAGCCAAGGUUUCCAACCCAGGUACUCGGGUCCUUUUGAUGCUUUUAAUAAGAUCUUACGAAAAGAAGGCUUUGGAGGACUUUGGAAAGGGGUCUUUCCUAAUGUCCAAAGAGCGUUUUUAGUGAACAUGGGAGAAUUAGCUAGCUAUGAUCAUGCAAAACAUUUUAUUAUUCAAAAUCAACUAGCCGGUGACAACAUUUAUGCCCACACAUUGGCCUCAGUCAUGUCGGGUCUUUCGGCAACUACUUUGAGUUGUCCAGCUGAUGUAGUUAAGACAAGAAUGAUGAAUCAGACGGCGAGUGAGGAAGGCAAGGUUAAAUAUAGAAACUCUUAUGACUGUCUUGUGAAGACAGUCAGAGUUGAAGGAUUGAGAGCACUUUGGAAGGGGUUCUUUCCUACAUGGGCAAGGCUUGGGCCUUGGCAAUUUGUGUUCUGGGUUUCUUAUGAAAAAUUCCGACAAAUUUCUGGGCUUUCUUCUUUCUGAUGAAUUAUUUGAUCCAUGCAAAAUUUGAAUGUCUUUUUAUAAAUUAUCUUAUGUGCGUGCA